AUGGAAAUAAUAAAGAGCCACAAAUCUCAUCUGAAAAAGAAGUUCCAGUGUUUGUGUGAGGGAAGCUUAGACGAAGAACAACCAACACUCCUAAAUGACAUCUACACAGACCUCUACAUCACAGAGGGGGAAAGUGGUAAGGUUAGUGAUGAACAUGAGGUCAGAAAGAUUGAGCCAGCAUCCAAUCCAAUCCCCUGUAAUGGCAUUUUUCAUCCUUUACCUGAACAAAACAAACCAGUCAGAUCUGUGCUGACCAGGGGAGUGGCUGGAGUCGGAAAAACAGUCACUGUACAGAAGUUUAUUCUGGACUGGGCUGAAGGAAAAACUAAUCAAGAUGUCGACUUCAUCUUUCCUCUUCCAUUUCGGGAGCUGAAUCUGAUUGAAGAGAAACCACUCAGCAUGGUGGAUUUAGUUAAACAUUUUUUCACUGAAGUGAAAGAUUUCAGUGUUUUCAGUGGUGGCAAGUAUAAAGUGCUUUUCAUAUUGGAGGGUCUAAAUGAGUGCCGGAUCCCUCUAGAUUUCCACUCAACAACAAAGUGUUGUGAUAUCACAGAACCAACUACAUUGUCUUCUCUGCUGGCAAACCUCAUCAAGGGGAAUCUACUGCCCUCUGCUCUUCUCUGGAUAACCUCUAGACCUGCAGCAGCCAGUCACAUCCCUCCUGAAUGUGUGGACAAGGUGACAGAAUUACGUGGGUUCAAUGACCCCCAGAAGGAGGAGUAUGUCAGCAAGAAAGUCAGUGAUGAGAGUCUGGCCAACAGCAUCAUUACACACCUGAAGUCAUCCAGAAGCCUCUAUAUCAUGUGCCAAAUUCCAAUCUUCUGCUGGAUCGCAACCAUUGUUCUCAAGAACAAGUUAAUCCAAAAAGACAGAGAAUCUCCCAAAACACUGACUCAAAUGUACGCCCACUUUCUGAUGAUUCAGACACACAUUAAACAGGGAGCAGAGAUAGGUAGAGAGAUGAUUUUCAACCUUGGGAAACUUGCCUUUCUACAGUUGCAAAGGGGUAAUUUAAUAUUUUAUGAGGAAGACCUGAAAGAGUGUGGCAUCAACAUCACUAAGGCAUCCAUGUACUCAGGAGUGUGCACCCAGAUCUUUCAAGAAGAGCCUGGACUGUCCCAUGGAAACAUGUUCUGCUUUGUGCAUACCAGCAUCCAGGAGUAUCUUGCUGCUUUAUAUGUCUACUUCACUCUCAUAACACACAGGGAAAAUGCUCUUAACACCUCCACCUCUACAUCCAAGCCAGCUCAGUUAGCCCCGCCCGAGUCAUUGUAUGACCUGCAUAAGAUUGCCGUUGAUUUGGCUUUGGAGAGCAAAACUGGACAUCUGGACCUCUUCCUCCGCUUCCUUCUUGGACUCUCUCUGGAGUCCAACCAGAAUCUCCUGAUAGAUCUUCUACCAGAGACGACCAGCCAACCACAGGGCUCAGAGGAGACGAUACAGUAUGUCAAACAGAAAAUCAGAGAAAAUCCAUCCUCUGAGAAAUGCAUCAAUCUGUUCCACUGUCUGAAUGAGCUGAAUGACCACUCGUUGAUGAAGGAAAUCCAGAACUACCUGAGUUCAGUGGAGUCAGGAGGUCUGGGAGAAACCAGUCUUUCCUCUGCAGAGUGGUCUGAAGUGGCCUUCAUACUGCUGACCUCAGAACAGCAGCUGGGCGAGUUUGACCUGAGGAAAUACUACCGAUCAGAGGAAGGUCUGCAGGGGCUGAUGCCUGUGAUCAAGGCAUCCAGAUCAGUGACGCUCAUGUCCUGUAGGUUGACAGAGAAAAGCUGUUCCAUAUUAGCUUCUGCCCUCAGCUCAGAAUCGAGUGUCAGAGAGCUGGACUUGAGUGAGAAUAAACGGCUGGACUCAGGAGUGACACUUCUCAGUGAGGCUUUAGGAAAUCCAUUAUGUCAACUGGAAAGGCUAGAACUAUGUGUCUGUGAGUUGACAGACAAAAGCUGUUCCGCUUUGGCUUCAGCCCUCAGCUCAGGAUCAAGUCUCAAACAGCUGGACCUGAGUUGGAAUAAUUUGCCAGACACAGGAGUGACUUUUCUUAGUGCUGCAUUAGGAAAUCCUCUGUGUCAACUUGAGGUGCUAAAGCUGGAAUACUGUGGGCUGACAGAGGAAAGCUGUUCCUCUCUGGCUUCAGUCCUCAGCACAGGAUCAAGUCUCAGACAGCUGGAACUGAGUGAUUGUCUGCAGGACUCUGGAGUCUCACUUCUUAGUGCUGCAAUAGGAAAUCCAUGCUGUCAACUGGAGAGACUAAAGCUGGAAUACUGUGGGCUGACAGAGGAAAGCUGUUCCUCUCUGGCUUCAGUCCUCAGCACAGGAUCAAGUCUCAGACAGCUGGAACUGAGUGAUUGUCUGCAGGACUCUGGAGUCUCACUUCUUAGUGCUGCAAUAGGAAAUCCAUGCUGUCAACUGGAGAGACUAAAACUAUUUUCCUGUUAUCUGACAGACAAGGGCUGUUCCUCCCUGGCUUCAGCCCUCAGCUCUGGAUCAAGUCUCAAAGAGCUGAACUUGAAUUGCAAUGGCGUGCUGGACUCUGGAGUAACAAUUCUUAGUGCUGCAUUAAAAAAUCCACUCUGCCAAUUGGAGAGACUAUCGUUGCGUAAGUGUAAUCUGACAGAAGAAAGUUGUGGCACCCUGGCUUCAGCCCUCAGCUCAGGAUCAAGCCUCAGACGACUGGACUUGGGUGGCAAUGACCUGCAGGAAUCAGAUGUCGAAUGUCUCUCAGCUCUUGAGAGAAACCCACAGUGCAAACUGGAGGAAAUCAUAUGGAGACUGUUGUGAUAUCUACUACCCACUUACAGUACUUGAACAUCUCACCAAUGAGGAGCAGACCACUGCACCCAGCAGCGUGG